GCGGUGACUGGGGGGAAAAAUUCGUUCCCCUCAAGAGGAUGGGUGUGGGUGACAGCGUGGUGUUCAUCCGUGGCGGCGGCGACCAGAGUCUGAUGAUCGAGUCUCGUCCCCAGCAGCCGCCUGCUAACCUGUGGGUGCAGCAGCCGCAUGACGAACUGACCGAAUCAUCGGAGCUUGCCAGUCUAGGGGUUACAUUCAGGGUCACGUACUACCCAGGGAGGCGUUCUUGCUCACCGUUCGUCGUGCCUCGAGGGGCUGUCGAUGAAGCCAUGCGCAAGCAAUGGGAGCCAGACAUGCAGGUGCGCAUGCGGCCAAGUGAUCUGGUGCUACGCGCCGGGGACACCCACGGCGCCGCGACCAUGGAAGACACAAAAGGGACCAUCAAGGCGGUGAUCACCGUCCCCGUGUGGCGGAACCUCCAGAUUGAUCUUGAUGGAUCAUCGUCGAAUUCGCCUCCCGUCACCAAGAACAUGUGGGAGGUCGAAUCUCUCCAUCCCCAACCUCCUGUUGCCAAGAGGACCAAGAAAGCUACUGACCCAGGGCCCUCGCGUGACGAUGAGUCGAAAGAACCUGUGACGGCGCUGAGGUUGGGAAUACAUUGACACAACAUGCUAAUGGUUGACUCUCUUCGUUCAGGCACUUGGUUCUGGUUUUUUGGCUGUAGUCAGAGGAUGGCGACAUGAUUGAGAGUUUGGGUGAUUCAGCCCCAUUGCCUAGUUUACUUUAGUUCUAAUCUCGUGAACCACUGGUCUCAACUCUUUGGCCAAGUUUUUCUUGUCAGCAUAACCUGUUAAUGAGAUGAUGUCAGUGCUGCUUCUGGACA